AUGAUAGAAAAUCAUUAUUCAAUUGCAUGUUGGUUUCAAGAGCUUGAAGAAGGAAUUUAUCAAAAAAGAUGUUUGAAAGCCUACAAUCUGUUUAAUACGUUUAUGAAAUGUGUUAUUGUUGAAUAUUAUAAAGAAUUAGUAGAAAACAAAGUUAUUGGUGGCAAUUAUGAUAACAACGAUUUGGAGAUACCUAUAUUUUCAUAUCAAAGAUUUAUUAGAAAUUUAGAUUUCAAUUAUCUAUUUCUAGCGGUUAAUGAUAUUUACAGGCAAGUAAUAUUUUUACAAAAACCAAGUUCAAAAACUAAGACUAAAAAAAAAGUUCCCAAGAGAAGACAUCGUCAUAGAUUUAAUCGUAACGUUACUUCUGCAGAUCACAAAGAAACGGAGGAAAAAAAUUUCAAUAAUCAUCAAAAAAUCAUUUCAUAUUUUGCAGUCAAAUAUCCACCAAAUCCACAAUAUUCAUUAUCACAGUAUUGUGAUCAUAAAUUCGAAUACUUGGAACAUGGGAGGCAUCAUAUAGCUUUAUUGCUUUGUCAAUUUUUUGCAAGGGAAUGUUGUCAUGUUAACAGUUUGAACAUCAAUAUGGAUUUUGAAGAUAGUGCUAGUACUAUUGACUCUGUUGAUAAAUUUUAUUACUGUAAAGAUUUACAAUCAGGAAAAAAUCCAUUUUAUUCUUUAAGAUAUAUUAACUUGGAUGAAUAUUUUAUGAUGCCAAGUUAUCACUUUGAUAAUAAUUACAAUAAUAGUCUAAAGUAUUUGACAGAAUUUAUAUGUACAACAAAAUUUAGAAAAUCAAAUCUAUUUGUUUUACUUUCUGAAGUAUCAAGAAAUAUUAAAACUAUAAUAGUAAAUAUAGGUAUAGGAUCAGAUCUUAGCCAUAUUCACAGAUUUCCAUUACAUGCAAUAAAUAACGAGAGAAAUUUUAUGGAAAAAGAAGCAGAAUGUCUGGCAAAAUUAAUUAAAUCACAAAAGAAUUUAAUUAAUUUUGAGUUACAUAAAUGUAGUGAAGGAUUAAUUCGUGUAUUGACAGCACUUAAAUCUCAGUUAAAUACUUUGAAAUCUUUAAAAUUAGUUAAAGUUAAUUUAUCAUCUGAUGAUGAUAAAUUGCUAGAUUAUUUCAAUAGUAACGAUUACCAAUUCUUCGAACUUGAGUCACUUCAUUUGGAUGAAUCAACAAUAAAUUAUAAUUUACUGGAAGUAAUUUUACAAAAUUGUACAAAAGAAAAAUUAAAAAAAAUUUAUACAGGUGAAAUAAUUUAUCCACCAUUACAACCACAAUAUUUGUCGUCAUCAUCACCGAAUCAUAAUAAUAGAGGUGAUUUCAAAUGGAGUGUUAAAAAUGAUCAUGUGGAUUUAAUUGUAAAUAUAUUUGAAAACUGUAGAAAAAUUGAAAGUGUUCAUUUAUAUCAACGAUUUAAAAAUAAUUUGUCUAUAUUUGACACGAAUGAAAUUUUAGAAAGAUCUGGUAAAAUUGGUUUACCAACAUCUUUAAAACAUUUCACUUUAUCUGAAAUUUUAGAAUCUGAUUGUUUUACAUUUCAACAUAUGGAAGUUAUAAUUAAAUCAUGCAAAAAAUUUCACAUAUUAAAUCAAUUCAUUCUAAAAACUCAUUUUGACAUUGGUUAUGAAUUGAUUAAGAUAGCAAAAGGACUCAUAAACAAAACUGCGAUUCAACAACAUUCGUAUAUAUGUGUUGCGAAUCCUAUAAGUAAAGCUGUAAGGACUUUGUGA